AUGUCGACAUCCGGCUGCCCGGUUUAUGCGCCCUUCUUUGGGUUCGCAGGCGUGUUCUGUGCUGUAAGUCAGGUCAACCAUGCGAACGAUGGAUGGGAGCAACAGUGAUUUGGUGGCUUCAAAAGUACCAGAUGCCCAAGGCUGGUCUACUCGGCGUGGAGCUGGCACCUGCCCGAUCAUGACAUCGUCGUCGACUCAUGCGCGAACGAACCGGACGGCUGACCAUAUCACACACCGCAUCCCCAUCUCGCCUCACUUGAUCCGAUUCUACAGAUGGUCUUUUCGACAAUCGGAGCAGCAUACGGGACGGCCAAGGCAGGGAUCGGAAUCUCGGGCAUGGGUACAUUACGGCCCGACCUCAUCAUGAAGGUGCGCACCCGCUCUCGAUCGCCAUCUACAAGGCUCUCGACUUCAUGCAUCCGAUGCAGGUCGCUGACAUCAUUAUUGCGAUGUGGGAUUGGACGUGAAGUCGCUCAUCCCGGUCGUCAUGGCUGGUAUCAUCGCCGUAUAUGGGCUGGUCGUCUCGGUGCUUAUCGUCGGUGGCCUCUCACCGGACGUGCCGUACUCGCUCUACGCCGGAUUCAUUCAUCUCGCAGCCGGCCUGAGUUGUGGAUUGACGGGGCUGGCAGCAGGUCAUGCGGUCGGGAUCGUUGGUGAUGCCGUGAGCCUAGCUCGGCUCGCGGUACGGACCUCGAUCGGAGGGCGAAGCUGAAAGUGACUCAUGUUCUAUACACAGUGCGCUCGGGCCUAUAUGUUCCAGUCCAAGAUCUUCGUCGCGAUGGUGCUCAUGCUGGUGAGUGUGAUUGCUCUUAUACUGGGCUGGUAUCGAGUCAGCCACUGAUUGAUCGGGCCUUGAUUCGCAUACCGUAGAUUUUCGCUGGUUCGUUUAGAGUCCGGUACACCUCGACGAACUUGAGCCGAAUUACCAACUAAUCUUCUCGUUUUAAUCUUAUCGUGAACGCUUGUCUCACCCUCCAUUGCCGUCCUACUUGCGCUCCGUUGCGCCGCUCCGCCGCAUCCGCCCUCACUGCCUCGUCCACCGGUCCUCGUUGACCUUUUCGAGAUACCGUUAAACAGAGGUCAUCGGUCUGUACGGUCUCAUUGUCGCUCUCAUCCUCAACACAAGAGCCGGCGAGUCAGUCUGCUAGAGGAAAGGGGAAUUGCGUCGAGUCGGCGCGAGAGACGGCCCCUUGGUGGGUGGGAAGAUGAGACACGUCAGCGAUGUCGUACCUUUCUAGCGCACUCCAACAUCUUUGCAAUAAAUACGUACUUGUCAUCGGUUUUUAUGGCGCGCGGUCAAGAAGGGGGGGUUUUUAUGGCGCAGUCAAGAGAAUCAAAGCAUUGAGAAGCGCUAUUCCAAGCGGAACUAUAGCACACUAGAAGCGCCACAUGCACUACAGAACCUCAGCGGGAGCAAUAUUGAUAAAACAAACGACACAUCCCAGAGAUAAAUUUCGCAGCGGGUGGGCUUGCCAUUCGCGCAGAUGGAGGGUAUACACGACACCUCGAGUGAGGGAAAAGGGAACAUCGACAUUGUCGGCACCGCGUCACCGCUCAGAACAUCGACACCUCGGGGACACAGUCCGUCCCGCCGAGGCAGAGAGCGGAUCGCUUCCCAGCGUGGAAAGAGCGUCGGGCUUUGACCUCUCCCUUUGCCGCUUUGGCGCAGAUGUUGGCUUUGCAGAUCAAUCCGUCCACGCAAGCAAAGUCGGGGUCGGACUUGCACGACUCGCCGAGCUGUAUGAAGUCGCACGAGGUGUCAGCAGCAACCCUCGUUGAAACUGCGGUGAUCAUCGUGGGCCCUGAGCUCACCUUUCUCCUGGUGUCGCAAUUUCCCGUGUUGGUGUUGCAGUAG